CCUUAACAUUUGUGCCGAGACUUGAAAUAAGUGUUCACCGAGAGUUGUUGCUAUUUCAAAUACAUUAAUUAACAAUGAAGUUGUCUUUAUUGGAUUGCUCUAAAUGUAUUUCACAACGACACAUAGACGCUGCUUGUUUCGUCUAAAGAAAAUGAUCAGUAAAUACAAGUUAAUGAUUGGAAUCCUUUUAACUCCCUCUCUUAUCAUAAUUUACCAAUUAUAUUAUGGAUCACUAUUUGCUAGAGAGCCAAGAUUAUCCGUUGACGGAUUAACGGAUAAGUACUUUGUUUAUUCCUGUAGACGAGGAAUGAUGUGUGGAGGAUGGGGAGAUAGACAGAAGGGUAUCAUAGCCGUAUAUUUGAUGGCAAAUGCCACAAACAGUAAAUUCGGGAUUGAAAUAGAAAAACCAUGUGACUUUACUUCAGCCCUUCAACCUAAAUCUUUUAACUGGAUUUUAAACAAGGAUAAGUUUAUAAACAGAUCAAGUGAAAGAAGAGAAAUUAUAGACGGUCAGGGAAGGGAAUUAAGAGAUAAGUUCACAAAAGACAAUAUAACUGAACAUUUCCCACAAGACGUUUCAUACCUGACAAUUAAUAGUAAAUUUAGCCAUUAUAUCCGACAGAAUAAAUUAUACAGCCAAAAUCUUGCCUGGCUGAAACGCUUGAGUAUGGCAGAAACCUUUGCCACAAUAUGGCGAGAUAUCAUGGAGCUCUCACCGGAAUUACAAAAACGGUACCAGCAGUUUGUGGAAACAAGAGUGGCUGGUAAGAAAUUAAUCUGUGCCCAAAUACGAAUAGGUCGAGAUCCGAAUAAUGCGGAUUUUCGCGAUGAUUUCCCGGUAAUGGAUCUUGCUAAGAUCUCCCAGGUAUGGAAUCUAUUCCAGAAAUAUAACGACCCCGAGAAAUACAGAAUAUUUCUAACUACGGAUAACCAACAAGUCCGAACAGAGGCAACAAAACUUUUUCCUGAGAUGUUCAUAGAAACCGAUGGUCCUAUUGGACAUGUUGAUAAAGGACCGGAAACGGACAAAACGUGUGAUGCCUUCAAGAAGGUGAUUUUAGAUCAACAUAUUUUAAGUACAUGUGAUGUUCUGGUAACCAGUUAUAGCGGUAUCGGGCGACAUGCUGCUUAUGUGCGAAGAAAGGAAACUUAUUUAUAUUGUUUUUUAAAGGACAGAGAUCUUAGUCCGUGUAACUUCAAUAGUAGUUUGUUUCAACCGAGUAAUUGGUAAUCAAAAUAAUAAAUACAAUAAUCUCGACACCACAAAUUAUAUUCAGGGACACUUAUGCCCGUUUUCAUUUAGCACAGUCAAUGCAAAAAUGUUGGACGUUAAACCCCAUUCGAUUACAGGUUUAAUGGGAUUAGGUGACCGAAUGGGCUAACACGUGCGCUUUAGAAUAGAAGAUGUGCCAUUGAAUUUGAAUUCGACCCCACACUUGGACUUGGCACGGAGUAUAUGGCCGCAUGCUCAGCUUCGUGGGUUUUCUUGGGGUUCUCCGGUUUACCCUCACUGUUCAAAAACCCUACAGAGAAACUAAAAACCGAAAUAAAAAUGUUUCGUAUGUAACUGAAAUAUAAAUGUUUCGUAUCAGUGCUGAAAUAACCUAUUUACAUCCGGGUAUUGCUAACUGAUAUAAUUUAUUCUCAAGCAUUAUUCAACUGUAAGAUAACAUAUGUUUAUUGAUUCAUCAUAAACAGAUAUUUACAUUAUCUGUAGGCAUUGAACAUAAUAAUAAACAAUACGUUUAAUAUUUAUAUAUAAUAGAUUAUAUUGAUUUACACAUUUAAUAAAUAUUAUUAUAUACAUUUGCAUAUUGUAUUGUCACAUCUGGUCCUGACAAAUUAAGGAGGGCAUCAGACAUACACCUCGUGCGUUAAGCUUAUUUUCAUGAUGGUUCCGGAACAUGCCAUGACCACGUGCCAAACGGCAGACCCCUCUUUAUUAGCCCAGUCGCAGCAGAACAGUAAAACAUUAAACCUUCUUUAUUUCAUUUCAUUUCAAAUUACAGACAUUAACAUACAUGUAUAUGAAAAAUUACUUGUCCGCAUGUUUAAAUGGGCUUCCGGUGUGGGUUCCCCAUGUCAGUGGGAACGGACGGUGGGCCUAACAAAGAAAGUUGUCUAGUUAUUCGGAUGGAACCAAAAACCGAGAUCCCGCGUACAUAUUGGCAGUGGGAAUUCGCUAUAAGCGUAGGGCGUAGAGUCGCCAUCCGGACGAAAUUUCCCUCAUAGCACACUGUGUGACGUAUGCCCUACUUCGUUAGCCCACACGGAGAACUUCCAAAGCUUCAGACAAGAAUAGUGAAAAUUAUGUUUUACCCCGAGAUCCAACAUUGGUUACAUUUAAAAGAGCUAAAUCGCUAUCCUUUGGCACCUAGAAAUGGAAGACAGAAAUGGGUCGCAAUAAACUAAUAUGAAAGUAUAUAAACUGAUUUACAUUUCACUCGUUUCUGUUUUACCGUAAUUUCUAAUCGGUUAUGUUCUGCGAAAAACACGAAGAGUCCGAAUUGAAUUGGAGCCUUUGGCGUCUAGUUAUUCCAGUCUACACCGAUAGCCAUCUCCUAUGUGGUAUGUUUGAUCUCAUUCAUCGAGUCGCUUCAUUACAAAUGGCACCAGAAAACAUUCUGGCACGCGAUUCGUAUGCCAAUAGUUAACAUGUUCAAUUGUCUGAAAUAUUGGAUAUCAGAAACCAAUUUUUUUUUCACUGUAAGAUAACGACAUCAAUGUUGAUUUAAAUUGACCAAUAAAUUGUGUUUGCAAUGUCGGAGACUGUGUAGCACUAGCACUAGUCGCGGGUUAGAUAUGGAAACUGAAAACUGAAAACUGAAAAGUCCCCACAUCCAACGUGUGACGCAUUCUCUCUUCUGCUACAUAUUUUAAUAGCCUUGUGAUCCUCUUGUAUUUGUAAUUCUCUUCUCUCGAUUCCUUUUCACGCUGUGUAUUUUCUUCUUACUAUCCCAAUAGUUAAGUAAAUGAAAUGAAAUGAAAUGAAAUGGCGGCGGCUUAACGUCCUACUGUUCUGCUCCUAACCGGGGCUAAUGAAGACGGGCAUAUGCCAUACAGUGUGCUAUGAGGGAAAUUUUGUCCGGACAGACCAGUAGGUAAGCGUUUGUCUUACCAGGAAAAACAACGCAACAGUUCAGUACUACAUUUUAAUGUCACGCUGGAUACAUUUGGUUACUAUGCAUAAUAGAUCACAUUAGAAUACUUAAAAUUAACAUCUUCCUCUCAACCUCAACUCCUUUAAAAGUCUAACCAGUAUGGCUAGACUCAAGAAACCGCUACAUCAUACGGAACUCGCAUGGUAUCGAUCCGGAACCCAAUGACAUCUGGCAGAGUCUCUUUUAUAGGACCCAUAUGGACAUCACACACAGAUCAGACUAUGAAUUUGCUGAUAUGAUUGGAUGGUAAACCAAAUGAUGCAAUAAGAAUUGUCCAACACAUGUGAUGGCAUGAUAUAAUUGUAACCCAUCAAAACAUCAAGGUUAUCGACAUAUGGAACAUUUCAUGUAUCAAAGUAUCAUAGGUUUCUGUUAUUCUCAAUUUAUCACACAACAAUAAUUUGAUUCAUACAUGUACUAACAUUGCAAUUUGCAAUUAACCAAAGCCGAAUAGCAGAUAAUAUAUAUUCCCGUAAUCAAAUAAAUCAAUAUCUGUUAAUAUAUAGCAUAUACCCCCUAUCAUUAUUAUUACAACUGUGGAUGAUAUUAAGUUAGCUACUU